AGCUUGUUUAAAAAUGAAUACUAACAAAGUAUUUCAAAUUUCAUUGACAAAGUUACAUUUAGCUUAGAAAAGGGUUCUAAUGAUAACAUAACCCACCUUACGUACCGAAUCUUAGCGCUAUCUUGAAAGCAUCUCGUUAUUUCGUAAUCAAAACUCGGAAGUUAUUUACAUUUAAAAUCCGAUUGAGAUAUAAAAUGUUUACAUUUUUUUAACCACCAGAAUUUACCAAUAAAAAUACUCUUUCACCAGAGUCCAUUAUUAUGCAUAAAAUGUGCUUUAAAUACGUAUCUCUCAUUGAUAUUGUCGGUGCCGAUUACGGGGAUUUUUUGCGAAUGAUUGAAUUUUAUUUACAAUUAACCCGGCCUCGGCAUCGUCGAAAGUGAGAGUGACGAUUAAAUGCCAUUUAAAAAUAAAACAGUUCGCCGCCAUAACAUUGGAGUGUCGAUAAUUUAUACUUGUGUAGUACCUGCCCAUAAUAUAUGUCAGUAAACAAUACAACAGUUCAUCUAUCGACGAGCUGCGAUUAGAUUCGCACGUUAGAAAGCCUCUAACGCUACUGGUAAAUAAAACAAUAAAAAGAUGUAAGGUAAGCGGUAAAGGUCGUUUGUUCUCCGCUUCCGUUUAACGUGCAUUUAAAGAAAGCGGCAAGGCGCGAAUAAAACGUCUUAGCAAUAAGAAGCCGCCCAAACGCAAGGCGAGGAGGGCAGUGGGCGCGGGCCCGCCUAAUUUGUCUUAGGCGGAAAAAUCGCGCGGCGAUUACAAGUGGCUCGUAACGAAGUCGGCCCCGCGGCGAGAGAGGUGCGGCAGCCGGGGUGGGGUGGGGGUAGCGAGCCCGGGGUGGCGGCGCGGCGGGCCACGGACAGUCUCAGUCGUCCGUCUGGAGUCGCGGCGGCCGGCCGGGCCGCGCGACGCAAUACACGUUCCUCGUGCUCUUGUGAUUAUAAAUUUUAAUAAUACAAAAUUCAAAAAAUCUAAAUUUUAAAAUUCUAACCGCGUCUAAUCGAAAAUAUUUUUAGGCUAAAAUUCCCCGACCCUCACUUUUUUAACCUAAACUGUUGGCAGUGGAAAAAGUUUUGCGAAAUUUUUAAUAUUUAUGUCGGUUACAUUUGUAAAGAGAUUAAACGUUUGGCCGUUAUUGAGAAUAUUUUUUAUUUAAAAUUUAUUUUUCUUAAUUAAUGAGCGACACCUCGAGUGAGCAAUUAAUAAGUAACAACUAAUGAUAAGCGUUAAAUUAAUAUUAAGGGUUACGAUAUAAAGUCAAUAAUAAUAGACUGCCACAAAUACUUCUAAUUAGGUUAGUAGUUAUUUGGACUAUUGUGGUGAAAGGACAAUACCGGACUUACUAACUUUUUGUGUCGCACACAAGAAGACUCAAAGGACCAAAGACCAAAAUCGACGGCUGAGGGGUUCGCGUGUGACGUCAACUUUUAGAUCCAUCCGAAGGCCACGGGCAAAUUUCACGUUGGAUAGGUGUUCAAAAUCAUAUUAAUGAGCGGGCGAUGCGGCUCGAGUAGCGCGGUGGGGCCCAGCCCGCCGCCCGUCCGGCCAAUUGGGGCCCGCCUCGCCUAUGAUGUCAUCGGAGGAGGAGGCCGACUCACACGCGCCCUACUCGGAUAAACUACUGAAGAAACAGAAACGCGUCAGACAGCGCGUGGACGCCGGUGAGCCGCGCAAUUCUUAUUCAACUCUCGCGACGAACGGACUCGCGCCCGCGCGCGCCGCACACAUGAGUGGCGGACUUUACGGCGCCAUCUUUGAGGGUCGCCAGCACUUCGGCCUUUUCGGUCCUUGCUACGCGCCGGCCGAAAUGUUAAAUGAAUUGUUAGGCCGUGCGCCUAGGCAAGAGGAUGCCGGCGAUGAAGCUACGAGUGGAGAUAUGCUUCGAGACCGUGUUCUUCGCGACAUCCUCCAAAGCCGAAAAAAAGAGCUGAUGCGACUCUCCCCGGACAAUAACAACGUACUUGCAAAUAAUAAUAAUGACGAACCAAAACAAGAGAAACGGUCUCCAGAACGGCCCAUUUCGAGGGAUUCUCGACCGGACCUUGACGAUGCCUUGUUGACGUUAGACAGUGCCGGUGACUCAAGAACUUCACCACCCCCGACUCAACAAUCAUCAGAACCACUACUCGCACCCAAAUCAGAACCCGAGGAUCGUGACAGUGAUGCUCAACGCUCUUCACCACGACCCCUUGAUGUGAAACGUGCUCGUGUAGAAAAUAUUGUGUCGACAAUGCGUGCUAGCCCUGCGCCACAACAACCACAAGUGAAUGGCUGUAAAAAACGAAAAUUAUAUCAUCCGCAGCAACAUGAUGGUGCAGCAGAGCGCUAUGGUACCAGUCAUGGCAGUAGUGCACAAACAGUGUCGGACGAUUCAGAGGACGAUAGUGAGCGACCACCUAUUCAUCAAAAGAUUGUAGAAAAGAAUGCGUUAAAAUCUCAGUUAAGAACUAUGCAAGAGCAGUUAGCAGAAAUGCAAGAAAAAUAUUUGCAGUUGUGCAAUAGAAUGGGCCAAGAGUCUGAGACGAUUGAUAACGAUGGUGCUUCUAGUGAUGUAGAACAAAACGAUGAUCCUAUGCCUAAAUCGGAACCUCCUUCACCUGUCAAAGAAGUGCCCCCACCGAUACCCAAUAGUGCAGCGCCGAAUAUGCUCUCACAAGUUAUGACCAAAAUGAUGACUGCAAAGAUUCAAGCUCACUCUGUAGCUCAUGGUCACCUUCCACCUGGAUUCAAUGGGACCUUACCUCUAAUGCCACAUCUGCCUCCCGGAGACCAUAUGCAUCCACCGCAUACUCAUCAACAUCUUAACAACGCAGCUGCUAUGUAUCUUAACGUUAGUCAAAAAUUGUUUUUAGAACAAGAAGCGCGAAUGAAAGAGGCUAGUGAACAUCAACAAAAUAAUCAACAACAAAGACCACAGUCAAAUCAACACUCACCUCAGCAUAGACAAAUGGGUCAGACUCCUAAGCCUCCUUUAUCAUCCGAACUAGCAGAACGUCUGGAUGCAUUACGUAGCAACUCAGGAUCCGUUGGACCAGUAUCUGGUGCAGAUCUAGAGGGCUUGGCAGAAGUUCUUAAAAGUGAAAUCACAGCUUCGUUAACAAGCCUCAUAGAUUCGAUAGUGACACGUUUUGUACAUCAACGGCGAAUAAUGGGUAAGCAGUCCGAAGCAGCAGCGGCCGCAGCCGAACAACUGAACAAGGACUUAAUAAGAGCUACUCGAUUGAUUGACAAGUCACCCACACCGAAGAUGCCUGAGAGACCGUCUGGACAAAUGUCAGGUAACCCACCCGUCCAUCACCCUGGCGCGCCAAACGGCGUUCCUUUUAUAACAAAUAACCCGAUGUUUAUGAACCAUAUGAAUGGCCCCCGUGCUCCAGGCGGUGUAGCGUUUCCGCUGCACGCCGAGGCGGGUGGACCUGGUCACGGUGCUCACAUGCGGAUUCCUACAGGCAUUUUCCAGGCACCGCAGAAACCUCUCCAGCCUCACUUCGUCCCGAUGAAUGGACAAUUCGAUCGGGAGCAAAACCCUGACCCAUCAGAGCCUUUGAGCCUUGUGGUCACUCCAAAGAAAAAGAGACAUAAGGUGACUGACACGCGCAUCACUCCACGAACUGUAAGCAGGAUCCUGGGUGAAGGAGUUGGACAGUCGCCGGAGAGCAAGUUUCCGGAAUCACCGUCACCGCGACCAUUCCUAACGGGAAAUUUGCCAACAUCAGUUGCGAUACCGAAUCCAUCGCUACAUGAAAGUCAAGUAUUUUCGCCGUAUUCGCCGUUUUUCGGGGCGGGCGGUGGCUUGGCACGAUCACCUCCAGCGCCAGAGAGGGAUUCGCCACCACUGCCAAACUCGAUGGUCCACUCUGUACACCAUCGCGUCCUGGCAACGCUGUCCCCGGACUACCUGCGCCCUCACCACCCGCACGUACCGCAUCAUGCUGCCGCGCCUCACCAUCCGCAUCACAUGGAUGCGCAGGACCCGCACUCAGACUGCAACUCAACCGACUUGCCUUACGACGGAGUUCAGCCUACUUCUUCAACUUUGACGCCGAUGCAUCUCCGCAAAGCCAAGCUGAUGUUCUUCUGGGUGCGCUACCCGAGCUCCGCAGUCCUCAAGAUGUACUUCCCAGAUAUCAAGUUUAACAAGAAUAACACGGCUCAGCUCGUGAAAUGGUUCUCAAACUUCAGGGAGUUCUAUUAUAUACAAAUGGAGAAAUACGCGCGGCAAGCCAUCAGCGAAGGCUUAAAGACAGCGGAUGACCUGCACGUAGCCGGUGACUCCGAACUAUACAGAGUGCUCAACCUGCAUUACAACAGAAAUAAUCAUAUCGAAGUUCCUCCAAACUUCCGAUACGUGGUUGAGCAGACGCUCCGAGAGUUCUUCCGCGCCAUCCAAGGCGGGAAGGACGCCGAGCAGAGCUGGAAGAAGUCCAUCUACAAGGUGAUCUCGCGGCUGGACGAUCCAGUGCCCGAGUACUUCAAGUCGCCGAACUUCCUCGAACAGCUUGAGUGAACGCCACAUCGACUCGACGCACACGAAAACUUUCGGCUAACUAAAUUUUAAAAGUUGAAAAAAAAAUCCAUUGGACGAUCGUUUCGCACACCAAAAUUUUACGACACUCGCAUUUAGGCCUUCAGAAUCAAAAUUAUUAAUAAAAGAAGUUUAAUUAAAUUAUUAAAAAUUGAAUUUGUACGUUGGACGUCGAGCGGCGUGGUGCGGCGCGCGGCUCGCCACGCCACAGCCCGCGCUCUCCUAGAAAAUUCAUUAGGUUAUACGAGUAAGAGAAAAUUUAAGUCACCUAGAAUUUUAUUUCUGCACAUAAUAUAUUUCGCUAUAUAUAAUUAUUAUUAUAUUAUUAAGUAUUAUCGUAAAUGGUUUUUAUAGUUAUGUAUAUCUUAAAAUCAUUUAUUGAUUUAUUCUUUAAGGAAAAAAACGAUUAAUAUAUUAACUGCUUAAGUUUUGAACUUUUCGUUGUUUUUAUUUUGUUUGAAUUUUUCCCCUUUCCCAUUCCCUCACCUUUGGAGAUUGUUUUUUUGUUGAUUAUUUCCCGUGAUAUUUUUGUUUUGGCGCAUCGCGUCGCCGAAAAUUGUCAACCUUUACCACGUCAUCAUUAUUUUAGGAAUAAUUAACGUUAACCAUAGUGAUUAGUACAAUAGAGCAGGGUUAUUUUUCGAUCCACAAACAAAGAAUUUAAACAUUAUUUUUAUACUGAUAGCCGGUUAUAUGUUCGUGCAGGUUUUUCAAUAGAAUAAAGAUAAACUGACACCAAAUUCGAAAAUUCGUAAGCAUCUUAAGUUCCGAUUACUGUAAACAUCCUGAGUUGUAUUUACCACAUUUCGGCAUCGUUCGGCAAAAGGAUAUUCAGUUCGUCCGGACCAGCGCGGCUCGCCGCACCGGACCUAGGGUUAAGUUUAUUUGUUAGAUAAAAUAUUAUAUUCCGAUAUAUGCGUGGGCCCAUAAUAUAGCAUCGCUCACAUGUGCAAGUGCGGAGCGGUCGACGUCGUCACGAUUCAUGUUUAAUUUUCUAAAGUAUACAUACAAUAUUCACGACUUUAGCGACCGUAAAAACUACUUUUAAACAUUAUAUCUAUAAUCCUAUAUAACCACACCGCGUAUUCUACUGGCAUUCCUUUUCUAUUUACUGAUGAAAUAUUUUAAGAAGUUCGUGACGCGAUCGCUCCGCAGGCGGACGCCCCGCGACGGCUCUCCUCUCUAAUAGACAUCUUCCCACACCCAAGCAGGCGCAAUAGUUGAAGGCAGCAGAGACAAUAGACCGAAAUAUAUCAAAAACAUAACGAUGACUAAAUUACAGACAAGACUAUUUGGCGACAACCGAAACACAAAUGCACUGGGCCACCUCGUCCGAUCAGAAGUGCCUUCAGAAAUGUUGAUUUUUUACAAAAAAAAAAAUAAAUAAAUAAGAAAUGAAUACAAAAGGGCCCUCAAUAGAACCUUCUGCCCAACCGAAGACGUCUCGCGGCGUCCGCGCACCGCCACUGCACACGCAUUACAGUUCGCCGUAUCGAACAUACAGUAUGCAUACACAUUACUAUUAUACUAUAGAAGAAUACUUAGUUUGAUUCGUAGAUAUAUGUAGCGCGGCGCAUGCGACGCUCGCCCCCGAACCGCAGGAGUAAGAAUGUACUCGUAAUACGUUUGGAAUAAAAUGGAAGCACAAUUCGUAAGUUCGUAGCUAAGAAACGUUCGGUAGUCAGCUCGGGUGCGCCGCUUAUCUUGAUGUAUUUGUUAUAACGUGUAGAAGCCGGCCGCCGUCACCGCCACGCGGAGACAGUUUUAGUUCACAUCCUCAGUUCGACAGGAAUACAAACAAUAAAUUAUCAUUUAUCGCUUCUUUAUAUAGAUAUUACACAAUAAGAUAGAUAGUUGUACAGAGAUGUAUAGCGACAUGUAUAUAAUACGAUAAUUUUAAUACAGAAGAGAUGAUAAUCGAGUAAAACUAUCUUAGUGCUAAUGAUAUUUACUUAAGGCUCAAUAGACAAACGGCAAUUGCGAAUUGAUUUGCGGAAUUGUACAGAAUCUUAAACCAUCUUUAGUUUCGAGUGUGGCGCCGCGCGGAGCCGACGGCCGGCCUUAGCUAAGCAAGUGUAAGCAUUUUUCAUUUGGUAUUACACUUUGUUAACGUUUCAUUUGUAACCAUUUGAACUAUUACAAUAAUAUAAGAGUACCUCAGUUUAGGAUGGACCAGGCGUCGACUGGUGUGCUUAGAGUAGUGUUCAGGUUAGGAGUGAGUGAUGAGACAUGAAUCAUUUGAGACAUCGACACAUAGAAAUAAACACGCAGCCUCCCCCCUCUUUCGAAGCACCGGUUUUAAGUUCGAAAUUUCUUUCCCCGAACACUUCCGCGGAAGUGUUACACGAAUCCAAUCCUUCACAGCAAUAGCCCGGGUUAAUUUUCCUGAUUCACGUUGGUUCGUUGGUUCGUAAACGCAGUCGCCGCAGGGCUUAUUCGUGAACGAGAAUCGUUCCAUGUUACGUUAAAAUUGUAUUUUGUUAAUGUUAUCUGUUUUGUUCUUACCAUAAACAGUGGCAUUUCAGAGCUAACGGUUCGGAUGUGCGGGAAACUUCUAGUAGAAUUGGAACUAAAUUGAAGAAUUAAAUCGAUCAACCGAAAUACUGCCCCGUGAUAAAGUAAAGCGCUACUUCUGCAAAGUAGUAAUCACCUCUUUUGUUAGCUCUGAAAAGCCAGAAUUUUUCGGUAUACCUAUGUAAUUCCUUGUAUAGUAAGUAAUGAAUCCGUUAUUCCAAUCUCUCCAUAGAAUUUUUCAUAAUAAUCUAUCUUAAACCAGUGCAGGCUACAAACACAUAUUACAAUAGAAAUGUAUUGAUUUCACAUCAACAGUAUUCAACCGACGUGCCGUUAUUUGCAGAUACUUGGAGCCGUUUUUUUAAUAUAUAUUUUCUGGCAAGGUAAGACUAAACACGAUGUAAUUUAAGUGAUUAUUUUGUCCGGAUUUUAUACUUGAGUGAUUCACUGUGCAGCCGCAAUAAGACCACAAUGGAUAUACAUUCGAUCGAGCCGAUGAUCUAUCGAAAAUACGUAUCAUUUAUAAUUUAUCGGUUGACAAUUUUAUUUCUAAAUUAAUAUAAAGACUCAAGUUGAAACAUCGAAAUAUUAAGUCCACAGUGAUCAUGGGGGUAACCCGCAGUAAAAGUACAAAAUUCGGUGUGACUUUUAACUCAAGUUUGUAACUAUAUGUAUUGUAGAAUUAUAAAAUAAUAUUGUCCUUUUGGCGAUUGUCAACUGUAAUCGUUUCGACACUUUGUAUCUAGAUAAUAGUUUAUUUAUGUUUCAUAAAGUAUGUAUCUAAUGUUCUUCCUUUACACUUUUAGUAUUUUUGAAUCCGUCUACGAAAUGUUUGGAAUAAUGAUGUAAAAAAAAUGAUAUUUAAUUAUUUUCAAAAUUAAUUAUAAACAAAAAAAAAACAAUAUAUAUGUAUAAUAUAUUCGGUUUCACGUUUGGGUAUUAUGGUUCCUAAAUUUUGGAAAUUGUAGUUGACUCUAUUGUGUAGCAUUUCAUUUUUGGAGUUAGAACACAUUUAGAUGUACCAAAUAGCUGUAUCAACUUUUCUAUACGAAAAAAAAUCAAUAAGAAAAAUGCUGAAAAGUUAGGUAGUUAUAAAAUAAGUAUCGUUCGUUUAUAAUAUCGUAUUAAAAUGUCAAAAUUGAGCACGGGUACUAUUAGGAUCUGAAAACGAAUACUGCCGAUGCUAAUCAGUAAGUAUUUUGUAAGAUAUAAAAAAAACGCUGAAUAAAUCAAUAUCUGUCAAAACAUAACACAGAGUCUCCGAGAUCUAGAAGCGUUCGUAAUUUUGUAUAUGAGAGUAUAUAUGUAUAUCUAGUGAUAAAAUAAACGAUAAUUUCGAUAUCCUUGUGGUCUUCAUUCGUAACAGCGAUACACGUUCAUUUCGUAUUCUCGUGCGUUUGUAUGUAACUGUGUGUUAUGUUGUUAUAAUUAUAUUUUUUGUAAGUCGCAUUCCGUGCGACGCGGUUUCGUAUGAUAUAUUUGUAAAUUACCUCGAGCGGACGCGGUCGCCGGUGAUAAAAUUAGAUACAAAAUUAAUGAACAAAAUUAAUUAAAUAAUUAAUGAUGACGCAACAUCUUUCAGUCGCAGGAGCCACUAUUGCGAGGCGAAUGGACGAUGCUGCGCCAAUAAGGAAAAUUAAAAUUUGACUAGGGUUUAGGCAUUAUUUUCGAUAUCCUCGCAUUUCGGCUAAGUAACAAGGGCCCGCGUCCGCUCGUUUUCGAUAUAUUUAGUACAAAUUUCAAGAUGUUAAGGUUACGAGGCUCAAAGCUUUUCUUUCGAGGCAGCCACGCCGCCGCCCUGCUCUCGCGCCGACGAUAUAAAUGAGUCGUGUAUAAAAUUUUAUUCAAAAGAGUAUUUUUGUAUUGAAUAUUUCUAAAGUUGGUGUAAAAAUCAAAAUUUCAUAAAUUAUAGCGAUGACAAAAAUGGACAUUAGGUAAAUUUAUAAUGUCAUGCGUUUUUUGUAUUUAAUUUUAAGAAUAGUAUUGGAUAUUAAACGUUUAGGAACAUUAACCAUUUGUAAAUAAAAAGUUGAACGGCGCGUGCGCGGGGAAGCAGUGUGGCCGACCUGUUAUAUAGAUAAAAAAAUAUAUAAAUGACUAAAAAAGAUGUUUAUAUGGUUCUGGAUGUAAAAAGAUAACUUUAAAGGCAAUUUUUAAGGUGAAAAGUGGAAAAAAAACAUAUGUAAACGAUUCCUUGGUAUUUGUCUUAGAAUGGCUGCUAGCGGGUCACUAUUGUAAUCUGUGGGCCUCAGACAAUACGUACCUACUGUCACAAAACUAACCUAACCUACAUUAAAUAUAACGGUUCUUAAUAAUACAUAUUGUAAUGUAUCACAUUGUCAUAAUGCUUAUUAUUUACGAGCGUGUGUCUUUGUCCGUGAAUGUUUAGGAUCUUAACCACUGUUUGGUGUUUUAGACAUAAAGUGGAAUAUCGUGAAAGAUAAAACUAUGUAUCAAAAUUAAGUCCGACAGUCGCACGACUGUCGGACUGUUGCAAAUUGCGUUCACAUAUUGGUAUAAAAAUUGGCGGUUCUAAAAUCUGUUAAAAAUUAAAUGAAAAUUGAUGGAAUUUAUGAUGAAUAAGUAUUAGACAUAUAAUCAUGUCAGCAAGAUCUGUUGAUACCACUGAGGGAUGUUUCUUCGUGAAUAUAACGAGUAAUAAAGCUAAGCUUUUAUUUGA